CUUGUUUGGUUCUGAGCUCGGGAGGGGGGAGAAGGCUCGUUAUCUGGGUCUACAGGUUCCAUGAUAUAACCAGUAUGGACGGUUGGGUUGCAGUCAGAAGGAAGCCUGAGGAUCUCAGCGGCUUGCUUUCUGACACCGGCACAGAGCACGCGGCCUCUGUCUUGGAGCCGUCAUCCCAGGCAGCGGCUGUCCGAGCUCUGCAGACCAGGUGCUCCGAGGCCAGCAUGGGGUCUAGGUCUGCAACACCACACAUCCUGCCGGCUGGACCUCUGUGGCCCUAACCCCCCUCCGCCCCAGGAGGGAGCAGGAGGGCUGUGUGUUUCCUACGGGGGAACGUGACAACCAGACAGCAUCCUGUGGGCUGUGGCCUCCUGACACCAGAGAUUGCCACUGACAAGGAGGUCCAGGGGACGAUGGGAUCUGGGGGCCGUGCAGGAUCUGGGUGCGGCUGAAAUCGUGGUUGGUGGUUCUUGGAGGAGUUUGUGGCACACAGAAAUCGCCCCGUAUCUGUGGUUGUCAUAGAAAGAGCUCGCUGACGACGACUUCCAGCCUCACUACUGAUGCUGCCAAAUGUGGAAGAGAAGUGGCUGCAAAUGAGAUUUCAGUCAGUGUUCGCUGCGCUCGGUGAGUUCUGGACGUUAUUAAACGGAGCUGUGAUAACGUGUGGCUUGGGUCGUUAAAAGAUGGGCGCGCGUUAACCAACCGGAACCAUUGACAGAUCCCCUGGCACUUCUCAGUGUAUCUUCAAACACUCAGACGCCACUCCUCUUUGACAAUGUGUUUUCGUCGGGUCACAGUCCUUACUGUCCGUGAGAGCGUUCUCAACCUCCCCUUGCAUGGGUCGCCUGGAAAGCUGCACCUCUGACCACCCCCGUCCCUCGCCGGACACAUUGUCCACCACAUCCUGAGGCUGGCAAGGUCAGCCCCCUCCCAAGACUUCAAAUUACGGACACCCCAGUGGCCAGGAGAUCAAAAGGCCUCCCUGGUUCCUGCGCCUGGGACACUAGACCCUGAAAUGGCAAUGAUCAUGAUGUGCUCCGUUCCUUGGUUUAAACACGCCCGUCUAUCUCAGUCUGUUCACUCGCCUCCUAAGACAGUUGGUACCCGGCAUGUGCUGGGCGACUUUCUAGUGAGUGAAUAUAUGGUCUGAACUCAAGAGGAGGGCAUCUGCUUUGUAUUUUUGAUGGUCUUAUGCUCUGGGGUGGCUGCGCUUUCCUCUCUAAGGACAGUGGAGAACCGGCUACGGCUUAGACAUGCGCCUGGACAGACGGCAGAGCCUGAGAGCCCCGGUCCUCCCAUUUAAAAGGAGCCAGCGAGCUUCAGGGAGGGAGACAGGUGGAGGGAAAGAGGGGGCCGUGAAGAUGCUGAAAAGGGCAAGAGGACGAUGGAGUGUCCGGACAGGAGGCAGGAAGGGGCACUGAAGCAGAGCUGGUGGAGAGACUGGAACUCUGAUCUGUUAGGACAAGCAGGGCUCGGCGACACCGCGCUGUUCCUGUGCUUUGUUGUAGUGAGAUGUGAGUCUCCGAGAGGUACAGAGACCUUCCGGCGUCGCACACAACUUCGAGGAGGGAAUCAGGCAGGGGGGAGGCUGAGGACGAGGAGAGCCGCUGGAAGCCAGGCUGGAGGACAGCUUUGGUCUGAGCUGGAGGGGAAUUGAGAGCCAGAGUAGGAAGCUGGAGGUUGAAGGAGCAGCAGAUCGUCUUUUGUUUCAAUUAGCAGUCGGUGGGGGGCACGGCUUGUUGGUGGAAAAAGGAAGUCAGAGCAGAAACACCAAGGGGCAGGGCUGCUGAGAACAGAGGGAGCUGAGAAUCGCCUGCAAGGGACAUGCCCUCUCUGGAGCUUGUCCUGCUGGCUGCUCUCCUCCUGGCCGGUGGCGGCGCGGAAGCCACCCAGGAGCACGUCUUGUUCGGCGUCAUCCAGAUCUCAUCCUUCGCCAACCAGUCCUGGGCACAACAUCGGGGCUCAGGUUGGCUGGGUGACAUGCAGAGUCACGGCUGGGACAGCGAGGCUGGCACCAUCGUUUUCCUACACAGCUGGUCUAAGGGCAACUUCAGCGAUGAGGAGAUGAUAGAUUUGGAGCUGCUGUUCCGUGUCUACUUCAUUGGAUUCACUCGGGAGACGCAAGAAUAUGCCGGUCAAAUGCACUUUGGAUAUCCUAUUGAAGUACAGGUGAGAGCUGGCUGUGAGCUACAUCCCAAUGACACUGUGGAAAGCUUCUUACAGGCAGCUUAUGGUGGAUCGCAUUUCCUGAGUUUCCGAGACAUGUCAUGGGUGCCAGCUCCAGAGGGUGAUAGCAGAGCCCAGAGUGUCUGUGACCUCCUGAACCAGUAUGAAGGCAUCAGGGAAACAGUGCAUAAGCUCCUCACGCACACCUGCCCCCGAUUUGCCUUGGGUCUCUUCGAUGCAGCGAAGGUGGAUUACGAGAGGCAAGUGAAGCCAGAGGCAUGGCUGUCCGCCGGCCGCCCUCCCGGUCCCAGCCGUCUGCUGCUGGUGUGUCACGUCUCCGGCUUCCACCCGAAGCCCGUGUGGGUGACGUGGAUGCGGGGUGAGCAGGAGCAGCAGGGCAGCCAGCGAGGCGACGUCCUGCCCCACGCGGACGGGACGUGGUAUCUCCGAGUGACCCUGGAUGUGGCGGCCCGGGAGGCGGCCGGUCUGUCCUGCCGAGUGAGACACAGCAGUCUGGGAAACCAGGACAUUGUCCUCCACUGGGAGCAGCACCUUUCCGUGUAUUUGAUCCUGUUGGCCGUGACAGUGCCCCUCAUGCUUCUGGUAGCCCUCGUGUUGUGGUUUAAGAAGCGCUGCUCCUAUCAAGACAUCCCGUGAGCUGCCUCGCCAUGCCUGCCCUGGGGGCCCCGGAGCCUAGGACCACAGAGGGAUGGUGCUGUUCCUUCCAUCCUCCAUUUAAUUUUUUUCUCUGUUUCUGCUUUAUAGUCACUUGUUCACAUGAACAAGUUUUGUUCUGUACCUGUGUGGAAUGUCUUCCUUGUCUUCUCCAUCUGUUCAUAGUCCUCCUCUUUGGAGGCCCGUUCGGAUUCCAUCCUGCAAGGUGUUCCCUGACCUGCAGGUGGGGAGCCCUUCGACUCUGCUACAGGUGCACCUCAUUUCUACGCUGCCUGCGGUCACUUAGCUUCCAGGGUGCAGGCUCCUGUGGGACACGGUCACGACGAAGGUUCAUUUCCUGUGUGUAGUACACGCUCCGUGAAAAUCAGACCCAAACAAACGGAACCCACGUUCGAGUCCGUGUCGUGCUGGUGGACUUUCUUCGUGAUGUUCCUCCCUCCUAUGGCUGUAGCAUCGGAAGGGCUGACACUUCCUUCUUGUCCCGGUGUUUCGGAGUUGGUCCAGAAAUCCCACAUUCCUUUUGCUCCUUCAUCUUCUCCCUAACUCUUAAGGAAAAAUGCAGGUUACAAAUCUUUUCCUGGCUUCUCCUUUGUCUGUGCAAAACUGCAUGUCUGGCCACGGAUAAGCAGAAAACUGUGACCGGCUUUGCUCUCUCCUUGGUAUGUGUGCAACGUUCCACACCUCCAGGAAUAGGCAAGAGCUCGAAGUCCACCACGGCAGACUCAUUUUCCUGACGUCUGUGAAGCUUCAGUGGGUCCAGUUUUUGUGUCAGCUGGAAUCGCAGCCGUAGGCAACAGUCGCGUUGACCUUUGAUUCCUGCCACCGACUGCUGUGUUUCCUACAAACUCCCCGGGCUCGGGCCUCCUCUGUGGAGCUCCAAAUUUGGUCUUCCCUUUUGGUGGCAGCAAGACUGCAGGUCCUCAGCCUCUGGGAUCACUGUGCGGGGGGCGAGGGCGGGAGCAGUUCUGGGCUGGGUCACCCUGUUUGCUGCCCAUGAGGGCACAGCAGUUUCUGAAUAAAGUACUUCUCAAUCUG